AUGAGGAAGAACCCAGCAAUUGAGAUCACAGGAAAAGUGAUGAAGCUAAAGCUCCCCUUGCCAGAAGCACAUUUACUGUCCACAGGAACCACAGGAAAGCUCAACACUAGUUUUGAAGAAGGCUUCAUUUUGGUGGGCUUCUCAGAUUGGCCUCAACUGGAACUUGCCCUUUUUGUGUUGAUUUCCGUUUUCUACUCCCUAACUCUCUUUGGCAAUACUAUGAUCAUCGUUCUCUCCCACCUGGAUCUUCGGUUGCAUACACCCAUGUACUUUUUCCUCAGUCACCUUUCUUUCUUGGACCUCUGCUACACCACCAGCACUGUGCCACAGCUUCUGAUUAAUCUUCAUGGACCUGACCGGUCCAUCACCUAUGGAGGGUGUGUGGCCCAGCUCUUUAUCUCCCUCGCAUUGGGUUCCACUGAGUGUGUGCUUCUGGUGGUGAUGGCCUUUGACCGCUAUGCUGCUGUCUGUCGACCACUCCACUACAUGACCAUUAUGCAUCCCCAUCUCUGCCAGACCCUGGCUGUCAUCUCCUGGGCAGGAGGCUUCAUGAACUCUUUAGUUCAGACAGGCCUCAUGAUGGCCAUGCCCCUCUGUGGCCUCCAUCACCUGAACCACUUCUUCUGUGAGAUGCCUGUACUCCUAAAGCUGGCUUGUGAAGACACACAAGGGACAGAAGUGAAGAUGUUUGUGGCCCGAGUCAUCAUCUUGGUUGUUCCUGCAGCACUAAUUCUAGGCUCCUAUGUACACAUUGCUCAGGCAGUACUGAAGGUCAACUCAACUGCUGGAAGAACAAAGGCUUUUGAGACUUGUGGAUCUCAUCUCUUGGUGGUUUCACUUUUUUAUGGCUCGGGCAUCUACACAUACCUCCAACCUACACACAGUUAUUCUCAGAGUAAGGGAAAGUUUGUUGCCCUUUUUUAUACUAUAAUUAUCCCCAUGCUCAACCCUCUGAUUUAUACCCUAAGGAACAAAGAUGUGAAAGGGGCUCUAAGGAGGGUACUGUGGAAAGGCAGAGACUUAGGCUAG